GCUUCACAUAUUAGAAAAACAGCUACAAUAAUAAGAAAUAAAAACAUUUUUAUAUUCGUUUGUUGUCAAGGUUGUUUCAGAUCAACUCCUACAAGUGACCACUAGGUGUCACCGCUGAGAUUCGGAGCCUCGACACAAUAUGGCACAUUUGCUUCAACUGUUUCAUCGCGUCACGAAGCCUCAAUCUACUUUCUAGAUUUUAGGGGUUACUUACAGCGUGAUUAUCAUAUAUAAAUAUAUGACUGAAUAGAGAUAUGAGAUAACUGAAUGUGCUCCACUCAUGGUUAAUUAGGUUUGAUUAUCUGAAUGUGCUGCACAUGUGUUUAAUUAGGGUUAAUUAUCUGAACGUGCUCCUCCCGAACUUUGUUAAUAAAACAUAAUUUCUUAAUAUGCCACAUAUGGUAGGGGUUGAUGUUUGAUUAUUGUGAUUGGAUGGAAAGGACAUCAUGGUUAAUGAUUCUGCUUAAUCUUGUGUAUAAAUAUGAGGCUUCCUCCUUAAUAAACUUGAGAAUGCUGUGAAACCUGUUUUAUUGGUCUCUACAGAUAGUGAACUUCAAUUUAAUUUAAUAUAAGUCAGUGUUUAGGCCAGUGCUGUAGCAAUGCAUCACUUGUUGUCCAUGCUGUUUUCACUGCUAGCCAUUAUUGGGCCUGUGAGCGGCGAGUCUGAGCUGAAGGUGCCGAAUGGAGGGGUCUGGGGAUCGUGGGCGACCGGUUAUACCAAGUGUCCAAGUGGAAAGUACGCCGCAGGGUUUAAUAUGAAGAUUGAACGAAUGCAGCUUGCCGGUGACGAUACAGGCCUCAACUCCAUUCAGCUUUGUUGUGUUGAUCGGUCCAAAGGUUUCACAGGAUCGUGUGACACCCCAAUUGAGUCCAAAGCAGGAAGCUGGGGUGAUUGGGGACUACCACAAUGGUGUCAUACUGGAUACUUGAACGCUUUCCAGCUGAAAGUCGAAUCUCCCCAAGGACAUGAUGACGAUACGGCCGCUAACAACAUCAAUUUUAGGUGCAGUGGAGGUGAUGAGCUGUGGAGUACCUUUCCGAGCCGCGUGGGCGACUGGGGCAACUGGGGCGACUGGAGCCCGACGUGUCCAGGAAAAGGAAUCUGUGGCCUCAAGACACGGGUGGAAGACCCACAGGGAAGUGGAGACGACACCGCUCUCAAUGACGUCAUCAUGCUCUGCUGUGAUUGAGGUGACGUGACCUCAACCCAAAACUCACACAGAUCAACUAAAUCAGCUGUAAGACGAGAAGAACCGCAAGAUCAAAUGUGUUGUAAUUAUUCAUAUUAUAAUAAACUACCAAACCAUGUCGUACAACAGUUUUCUGAUGUAAAUCUGUAAAGUCAGAUGGUCAUUAUCACAAUAAUAAAGCCUAACUGGAUGUGA